AUGAGAGCCUCUGUCUUGCUCCUUGGAGCCCUGGCAGCAGCAGCUGCCGCAAUCCCUGCUCCUCACAAUUAUGUCCUUCAUGAAAGACGGGAUGUGUUACCUACCUCAUGGAGUGAAGGCGAGCGUAUCUAUAGGAAGACCUCGCUGCCUAUGAGAAUUGGCUUGACCCAGUCUAACCUGGAUCGAGGUCAUGACCUUCUGAUGGAAGUGUCCGAUCAUACUUCACCAAAGUAUGGUCAGCAUUACACUAUAGAAGAGAUUCACGACUUAUUUGCUCCCUCAGAAGAGAGCGUCCAGAGUGUCCGUGAUUGGCUCGAAUCAGCUGGAGUACACGGCGAUAGGAUCACCUUGUCAGCCAAUAAGCAAUGGCUGCAAUUUGACGCUGAUGCCGAGGAGGUUGAAAGACUGCUGCGUACUGAAUACUACGUACACACAGAUUCCGUGACUGGGAAGUCUCACGUCGCAUGCCACGAAUAUUAUAUUCCGGAGCACGUGCAAGAGCACGUUGACUACGUAACCCCAGGCGUCAAGCACCUUGGUGUUAAGGGUGGAACUUCAUCUUCUCUCGCUAAGCGUACCAAGAACUUGCGGAACCCCGGCCUGCCGCCUCUAACGAAACCUCUGGAUAUUGCUCUUGGGAUUCUGAAAGAGGCACUUCUGGAAACAUGCGACCUUGCCAUCACUCCCGAAUGCAUUCAGGCCAUGUAUAACAUCACAGUCGGAGACAAGGCAACCCCCGGAAACGAGCUUGGAAUUUUUGAAGAUUUAGGGGAUGUCUACAGCCAGACAGACUUGAAUCUGUUUUUCACGACUCUAUACCCCAAAAUCCCGUACGGAACGCACCCGACGUUAAAUGCUAUCGACGGUGCCCAAGCUCCGGAAUCUGUGACGAGUGCAGGCCCUGAGUCUGAUCUGGAUUUCCAGAUCUCUUAUCCUAUCAUUUGGCCGCAGAAUUCGAUCCUUUUCCAGACGGAUGAUCCAGUCUACGAGAGCAAUUAUACGUUCACUGGCUUCCUCAAUAACUUCCUCGAUGCGAUUGAUGGCUCGUACUGUACCUACAGUGCCUAUGGAGAGACCGGAAACUCGGAUCUCGAUCCUCCCUACCCAGACCCCGCGCCUGGCGGAUACAAGGGCCAGUUGCAAUGCGGCGUUUACAAGCCGACCAAUGUCAUCUCUAUCUCUUACGGAGGUGCCGAAGCCGAUCUACCUAUUUCCUACCAGCGGCGGCAGUGCAAUGAGUUCAUGAAACUUGGCCUACAAGGAGUCUCGGUCGUCGUGGCUUCUGGUGAUUCUGGCGUCGCUGGCCGAGGUGGAGACCCGACCCCCAGUAACUGUCUAGGUGAAGAUGGAACAGUCUUUGCGCCCGACUUCCCAGCUACUUGCCCCUACGUCACUGCAGUUGGUGCGACUUAUCUUCCCUUGGGCGGUAGUGCCGAAAAGGACGAAGAAGUAGCUGUAACUCGUUUCCCCUCAGGCGGCGGUUUCAGCAACAUCUACAAGGCUCCGGACUACCAAACAAGUGCCGUUGCCGCCUACUUCAAGGAGAAGAACCCUCCUUACAAAUACUACGAGAGUGUUGACAACAGCAGUUUCGCUGCAAAUGGCGGCAUCUACAACCGCAUCGGCCGUGCCUACCCCGAUGUUGCGGCCAUAGGUGACAAUGUCGCCAUCUAUAACGCCGGAGCGCCCACCUUGAUCGGUGGUACAUCGGCUGCGUCACCUGUGUUUGGAGCAAUUCUUACCCGUAUCAACGAGGAACUAAUCGCGAAGAACAAGUCAACCGUGGGUUUUGUCAACCCUAUUCUCUACGCUCAUCCAGAAGUGUUCAAUGACAUUACGGUCGGAAACAACUCUGGCUGUGGUACUCCUGGUUUCUAUGCUGCUGAGGGAUGGGAUCCUGUUACUGGGUUGGGAACUCCAAACUACCCAGCGCUACUUGACCUCUUCCUAAAGCAGUAA